CUCUCUUAAAAAGUCAGCUCCAGUCGCUAUACAUACUCCAACACUUUGCCAAGCAGAGGGAAAGGAAUCAAGAGGGAAUAAAGAAAGCUGAAGCAUGAACAAGACAGAAUUCAUCAGUGUUGCAGGAUUUGCCAUAUCAUUGCUGUUCCACAUGACCCAAACUGAAGUCUGUCCUUCAACCUGUAAUUGUAAGUCACUGGGUGAAAUGAAGGGCUUGCACAUAGACUGCAGUUCAAGGAAGCUAACGGAAGUGCCUGCCUUGCCCGUUAACACCAAGAGGCUUUAUCUGCAGAACAACAGCCUGACCUCGGUUCCUCCCGGUGCCCUGGACAGCUUGCGCAGCCUGGAGGAAGUGAAAAUAUUUGACAAUCCUUGGAACUGUGACUGUCAUAUUCUGUAUCUAAAACUCUGGUUAGAAGACGUCUCUGCACCCUCUCUUGCAAACAUCAGAUGUGCAACCCCAGCACCCUUGAAGAAGAAGCCCUUGAGCCAGCUGACUGGGAAUGAGCUGGGGAUUUGUAAGAGGCUUCUCCCAAUCAAGUGUCUUGAGUUCUUUUGGCGAGACCUCAUUUUAAUUGCUGGAGCAAUAACUACACUUAUUUUAGUAGCAUGGGCUCUGAAAUUCUCAAAAAAGCUGGUCUGCCAAAUAAACCUAAGCCAAUAUGACUCUAGGGGCUGACCCCUGGGGAGGCAUACCUCCAAAAACCACAAGAUACAAUGAGCUGUUCACUACCACUAGCUUGAAAAGAAAUGUUAAACUAUUCUACCACAAAAAAGCACAGGCACUGACAACACUAGUUUUACUGGUGAACAUGCUACAAACAGAUCCCAGGGCUCAAAGUCUGGGUCUUCAGACUUCUAAAUUUUUUAAAAUCAUUUAACUUAGCAUUUUUCCACUGAAUUCUCAGCUCUUAUAGCAAGAUUUACAUCCCCAAAUCCUACACUUUUUAAUAGAUGGAGAUGAACACUGAUUGUACUAUUUUAGCAAUUCUUUUCUCACUCAGAAGCUGUGUGAGUUUGUAACGUGUUACUGCCUCACAGUGUCCCAACGGUAGGACCAUUCUUGGGUGCAAACAAAUUCAGCCAUCUCUUCCUCAGGUGCAGGAGUUUCCUGCCAGCAAAACCACUAUGAUUAUAUGGCCAGCCACUGAAUGUAUCCCUUAUU